GCAGCAGCAGCAGCAGCAGCUCCCUCCCUCCUGUCUGUCUGUCCGUCUCUCUGUCCUCUCCUGUCGGACUGUUUGCGGACUGCUCUUCCUCAGCUGAAGUUUGAUCUCCGGAGCAGGGCUAGGCCUGAAGCUGCCGAUGUGGACGCGUCCCCGCUGACUUCGAGGUGCGUGUCAGAGGUGAAAGGUCAUGAUGACGACGGUGGCCGCCGAGUUCGACCACAUGGAGCUGCAGCAGCAGUACAGCAGCAGCAAUGACACAGUCAACAACCGCUGGGAUGACGAGUGGGACAACGAGAACAGCUCAGCCCGCCUCUUCGAACGCUCCCGCAUCAAGGCGCUCGCAGAUGAGCGGGAGGCGGUGCAGAAGAAGACGUUCACUAAGUGGGUGAACUCUCACCUGUCCAGAGUGUCCUGCAGAAUCACAGACCUGUACAUGGACCUGAGGGACGGACGCAUGCUCAUCAAACUACUGGAGGUCCUCUCAGGAGAAAGACUGCCGAAGCCCACCAAAGGUCGGAUGAGGAUCCACUGUCUGGAGAACGUGGAUAAGGCUCUGCAGUUCCUGAAGGAACAGAGGGUUCACCUGGAGAACAUGGGCUCCCACGACAUUGUGGACGGGAACCACCGCCUGACGCUGGGCCUCAUCUGGACCAUCAUUCUCCGCUUCCAGAUUCAGGACAUCAGUGUGGAGACUGAAGACAACAAAGAGAAGAGAUCAGCUAAAGACGCUCUGCUGCUCUGGUGUCAGAUGAAGACGGCAGGGUAUCCCAAUGUGAACAUCCACAACUUCAGCACCAGCUGGAGAGACGGCAUGGCCUUCAAUGCCCUCAUCCACAAACACAGGCCUGAUCUGAUCGACUUUGACAAACUGAAGAAAUCCAAUGCUCACUACAACCUGCAGAACGCCUUCAACCUGGCAGAGCAACACCUGGGCCUCACCAAGCUGCUGGACCCAGAGGACAUAAGCGUGGACCAUCCUGAUGAGAAGUCAGUCAUCACCUAUGUGGUGACGUACUACCACUACUUCUCAAAGAUGAAAGCUCUGAAGGUGGAGGGCAAACGAAUCGGAAAGGUGUUGGAUAACGCCAUUGAGACGGAGAAGAUGAUCGAGAAGUACGAGUCUCUGGCCUCAGACCUGCUGGAGUGGAUCGAACAGACCAUCAUCAUCCUCAACAACAGAAAGUUCGCCAACUCUCUGGUCGGAGUCCAGCAGCAGCUUCAGGCCUUCAACACCUACCGAACUGUGGAGAAACCUCCAAAGUUCACAGAGAAGGGAAACCUGGAGGUUCUUCUGUUCACCAUCCAGAGUAAGAUGAGAGCCAACAAUCAAAAGGUCUACAUGCCCCGUGAGGGAAAACUCAUCUCAGAUAUCAACAAGGCCUGGGAGCGACUGGAGAAGGCGGAACACGAGAGGGAGCUGGCUCUGAGGACGGAGCUGAUUCGUCAAGAGAAACUGGAACAACUUGCACGACGGUUCGACCGCAAGGCGGCCAUGAGAGAGACCUGGCUCAGCGAGAAUCAGAGACUGGUUUCACAGGACAACUUUGGUUUUGACCUUCAGGCCGUCGAGGCGGCCACCAAGAAGCACGAGGCGAUUGAGACUGACAUUGCGGCAUACGAGGAACGUGUCCAGGCCGUGGUCUCUGUGGCGAAGGAGCUGGAGGUGGAGCGCUACCACGACAUCAAACGCAUCACAGCCAGGAAAGACAACGUGAUCCGGCUGUGGGAGUACCUGCUGGAGCUGCUGAAGGCCCGCAGACAGAGACUGGAGAUGAAUCUGGGCCUGCAGAGAGUCUUCCAGGAGAUGCUCUACAUCAUGGACUGGAUGGAUGAGAUGAAGAUGCUGCUGCUGUCUCAGGAUUAUGGGAAGCAUCUGUUAGGUGUGGAGGACUUGCUGCAGAAACACGCUCUGGUGGAAGCUGACAUCGCCAUCCAGGCAGACAGGGUGAAGGCAGUCAGCACAAACGCCACCAAGUACUCCGUCAACGACGACGGCUAUAAGCCCUGUGACCCUCAGGUCAUCCAGGAUCGGGUCUCCCACCUGGAAUUCUGCUACCAGGAGCUCACCCAGCUGGCCGCCGAGCGCCGCGCCCGCCUGGAGGAGUCUCGCCGUCUCUGGAGAUUCUUCUGGGAGAUGGCCGAGGAGGAGGGCUGGAUCCGUGAGAAGGAGCAGAUCCUGUCCUCUGUCGAGCACGGCAAAGACCUGACAGGGGCGCUGCGCCUCCUCAGCCAGCAGAGCGCCCUGGAGGAUGAGAUGAGCGGCCGCGCUGGCCACCUCCAGCACACCAUUGCAGAGGGCCGGGCCAUGGUGCAGGCCAACCACUUUGCUGCCACUAAGAUCCAGGAGCGCAUCGAUGACCUGCAGGCUCAGUGGGCAGCGCUGGAGCAGCUGGCAGCGGUAAGGAAGAAGAGGUUGGAGGAGGCUCUGGCACUGCACCAAUUCCAGGCUGAUGCAGAUGAUGUUGACGCCUGGACACUGGACGCCUUGCGCAUUGUCUCCAGUGGAGAGACUGGCCAUGACGAAUUCUCAACCCAGGCUCUGGUCAGGAAGCACAAAGACGCAGCAGCGGAGGUGGCCAGCUACCGGCCAGUCAUUGACUCACUCCACGAGCAGGCGGCCUCACUGCCUAAAGAGGAGGCUGACUCAGAGGAGGUGCAUGGACGUCUGGCCGGCAUCGAGGAACGCUACAAGGAGGUGGCAGAACUGACGAAGCUGAGGAAGGAGGCGCUGCAGGAUGCUCUGGCACUCUACAAGAUGUUCAGUGAGGCCAACGCCUGUGAGGUUUGGAUUGAUGAGAAGGAGCAGUGGCUGAACAGCAUGGAGAUACCCGAAAAACUGGAGGACCUGGAGGUCAUACAGCACAGGUUUGAAAGUCUGGAGCCGGAGAUGAACAACCAGGCGUCUCGCGUUGCUGUGGUAAACCAGAUCGCCCGGCAGCUGAUGCACAAUGGUCACCCGAGCGAAAAGGACAUCAAGACACAGCAGGACAAACUCAACAACAGGUGGAGCCAGUUCCGCGAUCUGGUGGACCAGAAGAAGGAGUCCCUGAACUCUGCUCUGGGUGUGCAGAACUACCACCUUGACUGCAACGAGACCAAGUCAUGGAUCAAAGAAAAGACCAAAGUCAUCGAGUCCACCCAAGAGCUGGGCAAUGACCUCACUGGGGUCAUGGCCCUGCAGCGAAAAUUGACUGGUAUGGAGCGCGACCUAGCCGCCAUUGAGGACAAGCUGGGUGACCUGCGAGGCGAAGCCCAGCGGCUGGCAGAGGAGCACCCUGACCAGGCCAAGGCUAUCACAGGCCGUCUGGCUGAGAUCAACGCUGUCUGGGAGGAAAUGAAGAACACUCUGAAGAAUCGUGAGGAGUCUCUGGGUGAGGCCAGGAAACUGCAGCAGUUUUUGCGUGAGCUGGAUGACUUCCAGUCCUGGCUGUCCCGCACUCAGACAGCCAUCGCCUCGGAGGACAUGCCGAACACGCUGGCUGAGGCUGAGAAGCUCAUGGCCCAGCAUGAAGGCAUCAAGAACGAGAUCCAGAACUAUGAGGAGGACUACCAGAAGAUGCGGGACAUGGGGGAGAUGGUGACGCAGGGCCAGACGGACGCACAGUACAUGUUCCUCCGACAGAGGCUCCAAGCGCUUGACACCGGCUGGAACGAACUGCACAAGAUGUGGGAGAACCGGCAGAACCUAUUGUCCCAGUCCCACGCCUAUCAGCUGUUCCUCAGGGACACCAAGCAGGCCGAGGCCUUCCUCAACAACCAGGAGUACGUCCUGGCUCACACUGAGAUGCCCACCACUCUUGAGGGCGCCGAGGCCGCCAUCAAGAAGCAGGAGGACUUCAUGACCACCAUGGAUGCCAACGAGGACAAGAUCAACAGUGUGGUGGAAGCUGGCAGACGGCUGGCCAGUGACGGAAACAUCAACGCUGAACGCAUUCAGGAGAGAGUCGCCUCCAUCGACGACAGGCAUAAGAAGAACAGGGAGGCUGCGGUGGAGCUGUUGAUGAGACUGAAGGACAACAGAGACCUGCAGAAGUUCCUGCAGGACUGCCAGGAGCUGUCUCUGUGGAUCAAUGAGAAGAUGCUCACAGCUCAGGACAUGACCUACGACGAGGCCAGGAACCUGCACAGCAAGUGGCUGAAGCACCAAGCCUUCAUGGCCGAACUGCAGUCCAACAAAGAGUGGCUGGACAAGAUUCAGAAGGACGGCAUGCUGCUGGUGUCGGAAAAGCCGGAGACGGAGGCAGUGGUGAAGGAGAAGUUGUCAGCGCUCCACACCAUGUGGGCGGAGCUGGAGUCCACCACGCAGACCAAAGCUCAGUGUCUGUUCGAUGCCAACAAGGCCGAGCUGUUCACUCAGAGCUGUGCCGACCUCGACAAGUGGAUGGGAGGCCUGGAGGGUCAGAUCCAGUCUGACGAUUACGGCAAAGACCUGACCUCCGUCAACAUCCUGCUGAAAAAACAACAGAUGCUGGAGAACCAGGUGGAGGUGCGUCAGCGGGAGGUGGUGGAGCUGCAGAGCCAGGUGAAGGCUCUGGGUAAGGAGGUGAAGGACACAGACGAGGUGGAUGGGCGGCGGCAGCUGUUGGAGAGGAAGUUCCAGGAGCUGCUGGAGCCGCUGCGCCGCCGCAAAAACUUCCUGGUGGAGUCCAGAGAAAUUCACCAGUUCAACCGAGACGUGGAAGACGAGAUUCUGUGGGUUCAGGAGAGGAUGGCCGUGGCCACGUCUUCCGACCAUGGACACAACCUGCAGACCGUCCAGCUGCUCAUCAAGAAGAACCAGACUCUGCAGAAGGAGAUCCAGGGUCAUCAGCCUCGCAUCGACGACAUCCUGGAUCGCAGUCAGAGCCUCCUGAAAGACGACUCCUCCAAUGCAGACGUGAUCCGUCAGCGUCUGGCCGCUCUGCAGGAGCUGUGGAGGCAGUUGAUGGAGGAGGCAGAGGGCCGCCAUGGCCGGCUGCAGGAGGCGCACAAAGCCCAGCAGUACUACUUUGACGCCGCCGAGGCUGAGGCCUGGAUGAGCGAGCAGGAGCUGUACAUGAUGUCGGAAGAGAAGGCCAAGGACGAGCUGAGCGCUGUCACCAUGCAGAAGAAGCAUCAGAUUGUGGAGCAGGCGGUGGAGGAUUACGCCGAGACCGUUCACCUGCUGUCCAAGACCAGCCGAGGCCUGGUGGCUGACGGACAUCCUGAGAGUGAGCGAAUCAGCAUGCGUCAGUCUCAGGUGGACAAACUGUACGCAGGCCUGAAGGACCUAUCAGAGGAGAGGCGGGGCAAACUGGACGAGAGGCUCCGCCUCUUCCAGCUGAACCGGGAGGUGGACGACCUGGAGCAGUGGAUCGCUGAGCGGGAGGUGGUGGCUGGGUCGCACGAGCUGGGACAGGACUACGAACAUGUUACUAUGUUGCAAGAACGUUUUCGGGAGUUCGCUCGGGACACUGGGAACAUCGGUCAGGAGCGCGUGGAUGCUGUCAACCGUCUGGCGGACGAGCUGAUCAACGCCGGUCAUGGCGAUGCAGCGACAGUGGCAGAGUGGAAGGACGGCCUGAAUGAAGCCUGGGCUGACCUGCUGGAGCUCAUUGACACCAGGACGCAGAUUCUUGCGGCUUCCUUCGAGCUCCACAAGUUUUACCACGAUGCCAAGGAGAUCCUGGGGCGCAUCGUGGAUAAACAGAAGAAGCUGCCCGAGGAGGUCGGACGUGACCAGAACACGGUGGAGAUGCUACAGAGGAUGCACACCACCUUUGAGCAUGACAUACAGGCCCUGGAAACACAGGUGAGGCAGCUGCAGGAGGACGCGGUGCGCCUUCAGUCGGCGUACGCCGGUGAUAAAGCUGACGACAUCCAGCGGAGGGAGAGCGAGGUGCUGGAGGCCUGGAGGAGUUUGCUGGAGGCUUGCGACGGACGAAGGCUCCGCCUCCUGGACACCGGCGACAAGUUCAGGUUCUUCAGCAUGGUCCGAGACCUGAUGCUAUGGAUGGAGGAUGUGAUCCGCCUCAUCGAGGCCCAGGAGAACCCCAGAGACGUGUCGUCGGUGGAGCUGCUGAUGAACAACCAUCAGGGCAUCAAGGCCGAGAUCGACGCCCGAAACGACAGCUUCACAGCCUGCAUCGAGCUGGGCAAAGCCCUGCUGGCCCGGAAACACUACGCUUCAGAGGAGAUUAAAGAGAAGCUGCUGCAGCUGACGGAUAAGAGGAAAGAGAUGAUUGACAAGUGGGAGGACCGGUGGGAGUGGCUACGACUCAUCCUGGAGGUGCACCAGUUCUCGCGGGAUGCCGGCGUGGCAGAGGCGUGGCUGCUGGGUCAGGAGCCCUACCUGUCCAGCAGGGAGAUGGGUCAGAGUGUGGACGAGGUGGAGAAGCUUAUCAAACGCCACGAGGCCUUCGAGAAGUCCGCCGCCACCUGGGAGGAGCGCUUCUCUGCUCUGGAGAGGCUGACUACGUGUGUGCGUCCUGGUCAGGACGGGGUGGACGCUGGAGAUCUAGUGAACGGCGUGGCCGAGCGGAGCUCCAAGGAGCCGAGCCCCGGCACCUCGCCAACACCCGGCAGGAAGAAUAAGACCAACCAGUCGUCCACGCUGCCCUCCAAGAACCAGGACUUGAGCUCGUCCUCGCAGCUGGAGGGGCUGCUGCACCGCAAACACGAGUGGGAGGGGCACAACAAGAAGGCGUCAAACAGGUCGUGGCACAAUGUGUACUGUGUCAUCAAUUACCAGGAGAUGGGUUUCUAUAAGGACAGCAAGGCGGCGGCUCAGGGAGUCCCGUACCACGGCGAGGUACCCAUCAGCCUGAAGGAGGCGUCAUGUGACGUGGCUUCAGACUACAAGAAGAAGAAACACGUCUUCAAACUGCGGUACGAGAAGCAGACCUCAGAUCAGACUCAACACAGCUACCAGUGUCAGAAAUUAGAGGAGAUGAGCACCUGGAUCCAGGCCAUCCUGAAUGCCAGCGUCGACCGAUCCGACGUCCAGGGCAGCAACCCUGGCACGCCAGUGUCUGGGCGCGCUCAGACACUGCCGGCCGCCGUCACGCUCACCACCGAGUCGAGUCCCGGGAAGAGGGAGAAGGACAAAGAGAAGGAGAAGGAGAAACGCUUCAGUCUGUUCAGCAAGAAGAAACAAUAGAACAUCAAACACGAGGCGCUUUGGUGAAACCGCUUCAGUCAUAUCGUGACGCACGCUCUGACGCAGGACGCGUUACAUUUAGAUUCUCAUCACCUUCAUCAGGAAACUGAAAGAACUGGAACCUGCUUCAGAGCGUCCGUCCUGGUCUGAGCUGCAUUCAGCUUCAUGAAGGUCCUCACCAGAGAAACGUCUCUGGCGCUGUUCAUUAGGGCAGCGUUGUCACCAAACCUCUCGCUCUGAUGAGACCUUCGUAAAGUUCGACUCACGAUGCUAACUUUAGCAGCCGUUAACCCUCCGACAUUUCCUGUUCCUGCUCACCAUCGCUCACUGUUACAACCUUCAGUUUCUCACAGCUGCAGACGUCUGUGAGACGACAUCUGUGAGACGAUGUUUGCAGAGACUGAAGCAACAUUUGCACGUCAGACACAACAUCACAGAUUGUGACAAUUUCUGCUCAGAUGAAUUACGUGUGAAACACCGCAGCCGUUAACGUGUGCAAUUUUUACAUCUGGAGGUUUUCAGCAAACUUCCCAGAGCGCCAUAAAGGGCGUUACACAUAAACAUACAAAGCUGGUGAUGACGUCACUACUGAACAGCCAAUGACAGAGGCUGACGGCUGAGGAGGUUCAAGCGAGGAGCAGAAAACUGAAAAGUUUCACCAAAGCGCGACAGCGGGUUGUUUGUUUAUUUUCAAAGCAGUUUUUGUUUUCUUCCUUCUGUUUUUUAAUAUUUCUGGUUUGAUUGUUUUUCUCGUGGUUGUCCGUUCGGGUGGCGAGGCGACGCUGUGCCUGAGAGUGAGAGAGCUGUCUUUAGUUCAGACAUUGUGAUGUAACUGACAAGCCACUGAGGAAUGAGAAUGCUGGCGGUUUCUGUUCAUAAGUUGUGAUGUUACUGCUCGGGUUUAGACUUAAUGAUGUAACCGCAAAGCUGCAGCCAUUUUUGUUCUGAUUGUCAACAACAAAUUGCUCAUUAAUCACAACAUCUUGACAGAAACUGUCGCUUUCGUGCUGUUGUUUGUCGAUUUGUUGGUUUGUCGGUUUGAGGGCGACGAAUCGCUGUUUCUUCACACUGUCUUGGCAGAAUCCGCCUCUGUGCUCGCUUUAAGGCUCAUCAGAUUAAAGGUGAUGGCGUCUCUUGCUUUUCUUUAUGUCAGUUGGUCGGUUCGUCAGUUUGUCGACAAUGAACCACUGUUUUUUCACGACAUCUUGAUAGAAUAAGCCUCGGCUCUCACUCUGUGGUUUGUUAGUUUGUCGACGAUGAACCACUGUCUCUUCACAAAUUCUAAACCGAAGGGGACACCGCCUCUUGCUCUGUCCUUUGUCACUUCAUUGGUUCGUCAGUUUGUAGAUGAUGAACCGCUGAUUCUUCACAACAUUUUGACAGAAUCAUGCUCAGCUCUGAGGUUUGUUGGUGCACCGACGAUGAACCGCUUUUUGUUCACAACGUCUAAACUGAAGGCGUCGCCACAUCUCGCUCUGUCUUGGUGAUGUCAGCAGGGACCACACACUCAUUUUUCUUUGAUGUUUGUUUUUUAACGUUGUUUGAUUUUUUAAAUUUUUGUUAAGUCUUUGUUAUUUUUGUACUUUUUUGAAACAGGUCUGAGUUAAUUCCUCAGUUUUGUGAGGGUGUCGUCAGAGACAACCUACGUUCUUCCUCUGCCGUUGAGAAAUUGGACCAAUAGUGCAUUUUGUUUUGUUAUUUUAACUUUACGUCCUCUGCCACUCAGCAGCCAUUUUUUUUGUCCUCAAAACAGCCAAUCACCUUGGAGGAGGUGUAUGAUGUAGAAAUGUCCACUUGCAUGCUUCAUCAGGCUCAGAGCGUCGCCUGAAACACACACCGUAAAUUCAAACUCUCCAUUUUGGGUCCUUUUCUUUUUCUUUGGUUGUGGUCUGUUUCCAAUGGAAGAGGUCAGUGUGUAAAAUAAACAAGCGUCGGUGUUCGGUGAUGGACUGUAGGUGGUGGACUGAAGGUGGUGGACUGUAGGUGGUGGACUGUAGACUGUAGGUGAUGGACUGUAGACUGAAGGUGGUGGACUGUAGGUGGUGGACUGUAGACUGUAGGUGAUGGACUGUAGACUGAAGGUGGUGGACUGUAGGUGGUGGACUGAAGGUGGUGGACUGUAGACUGUAGGUGAUGGACUGUAGACUGAAGGUGGUGGACUGUAGGUGGUGGACUGUAGACUGUAGGUGAUGGACUGUAGACUGAAGGUGGUGGACUGUAGGUGGUGGACUGUAGACUGUAGGUGAUGGACUGUAGACUGAAGGUGGUGGACUGUAGGUGGUGGACUGUAGACUGUAGGUGGUGGACUGUAGGUGGUGGACUGUAGACUGUAGGUGGUGGACUGUAGGUGGUGGACUGUAGACUGUAGGUGGUGGACUGUAGGUGGUGGACUGUAGACUGUAGGUGGUGGACUGUAGGUGGUGGACUGUAGACUGUAGGUGGUGGACUGUAGGUGGUGGACUGUAGACUGUAGGUGGUGGACUGUAGGUGGUGGACUGUAGACUGUAGGUGGUGGACUGUAGGUGGUGGACUGUAGACUGUAGGUGGUGGACUGUAGGUGGUGGACUGUAGACUGUAGGUGGUGGACUGUAGGUGGUGGACUGUAGACUGUAGGUGGUGGACUGUAGGUGGUGGACUGUAGACUGUAGGUGGUGGACUGUAGGUGGUGGACUGUAGACUGUAGGUGGUGGACUGUAGGUGGUGGACUGUAGACUGUAGGUGAUGGACUGUAGGUGGUGGACUGUAGACUGUAGGUGGUGGACUGUAGGUGGUGGACUGUAGACUGUAGGUGGUGGACUGUAGGUGGUGGACUGUAGGUGGUGGACUGUAGGGGAACUCUGGUUCUGGACUAAUGACGGUUGCUUGCUUGUCGUCGGCUCUUUGCGCUGCGUUCAGAUUUUCUGCUCUUUGAUACUCGUGUCGCUCCGUCGCUGUAUAUCUAUUGUACUGAACAUGUAUGGAAGUUAACGCCAUCUUACUGCACAAUCAGAACUACAUCUAUAGGAAUGAAGAAGAAGAAGCUGAAUAUUUAAGCUGACGUCAGACCAUAAAGGCUUUUCUCAUGUAUGAAACUGCACCUGUAGACUUUAAAGCUCUCUGUCAGAUAUGUGCGAUGUCAUUAAAGCUUUUAAACUUUA